ACUUAACUCACAUUCGAACAGUUUCCAUACAAAAAUAAUUACUGUCAAAAUCAAAAUAUUUGUGUAUGCCAAAAAAUUUGAUUUCGUGAAAUUUGACAAAAGCAAGAACCAGAAAAUAGAAAAGAAAACCUUGAGUGCAGUUAAAAGAGUUUAAGAGAGAAGAAGAAAAAUUCUAUUUGUGCAAGAAAAACCAAACGAACUUGAUAAACAAAUUUAUCAAAAAAUAACUUCAAAAACUAAUCGCCAAUUAGAAGACCAUUACCAGUGAUAACUUUCGAAGCAAUGUCGGCUGCAGGCGCAGGCCUUAUUACUGCCUAAAAUCAAUCCUCCAAGCAAUAAGCAAUACAAUAAUUAUAUUAUUAGACUAGAAGCGGUGGCGGUGGUGGUCAGUGGUCAGUGGUAGGACAGUGGACAUAGCGAAACUGGACGGACUCGGACAACCAUGAAUCUGAACGUUUUUAUGGCCUAUCUGGCCGUGUGCGCUCUAUGCCUUCAAAUACCCAUAACCAAUUCCAAGACAUCCACUCUUUGGAAACUAAAUACUGAUGAUAGAAAAAUCACAGGCCGCAUUGAAGAAGAUAAGGACAUUGUCCUUCUUAAUUCGGCUGUGAAUGAAAAGUACAAGAACGACGAUGUGUUCAAUAUCAUCACAUCAACAAUUGCGUAUGGCUCAACUUGGAGCAAACAAUCUGUCGAGCGUUCGUGUGACAUUCCUUGUGAUGGAAGCGGCGAUAAUGACAGUGGAGGAGUGAGUCUGAAAGGAAUACCCCCUACAGCGUCUGUUGUGACAGUCGUCAAUACUAAGACGGCAUUGAAAAAGACCAACAGCGAACUGGACGAGGUGCUUGAUUGUGGCAAGCCUGUUAAUUUUACUUAUUACGAUUAUUUGAUUGGAGUCGCGCAGAGAUUUAAUCAUCCGCUUAUACCGGAGCCUGAUGUUGCCUAUUUGUUUCUCAAAAACAAAGACGAAAAAUCCCUCAAAAGCUUCGAUAUAAGUUUACUGGAAAAACGUUUAAAACGUGCCAGAAAAGAUAAACCACGCUCGGUGCAUUUGUACAAUCAAAUUGGCAACUAUUGGCGUAUUCGUGGUGAUGCGCGACAAUCAAUAGAAUGUUUCCGACGUGCCCUGGCAAUUUCACCCACAAAUGCCGAAGUCUUACUCAAUUUGGCGAGAGUUCUUUAUAAUUUGCAGUAUCUUGAUGAUGCUAUACAUUUAACAAGACGAUCCCUAGAAGUUCAACCACCAGAUCGUUCGGCUUGGCGCCAAUAUUUCACUCUUGGGGAGAUAUUCAAGGCAUACGGACAUUUUCAAGAAUCUGUGCUACACUUACGCCAUGCCCUCGAACUCUAUCCGCAGCAUGAGCCAAUACUCAAGGCAUUGCGUGACGUUGAAAACAAUCCAACGUCUCCACUGCACGUUUAUACAAUUUUAAUUAUUGCUGCUUUGGUUAUUGCGGUUUUUAUUGUCAUCAUAACAUCGUCAGAUAAUUCAGACGCAUGUGGCCAGCAAUCAGAAUUUGAACCAAAAAUUCAGCGUCAUUUUAACCGCGCCAUGGCAAUGCGCUCCCUCAAAGGAUUCUCUUCGCGAAAUUUUAAGCACAGAAAAUACUAAACAAAAAAUAUACAUUUAACAAAAAAAAGAGCACUCUUUACACAAAACAAAACAAAAUACACAGGCGGAAGUUGUAUUUAAUUAGUAUGCUUACUUAUUUUCGAGCUUCUUUUCUUAACCACCAGAUGGCAACCAAAGAAAUUAAAAAAAAAAAUUGUAUUGUAAGUUGCCGUCUGGAUGAGUAUCUAACCGAGAUCUCUUUAGAUAUACACCAUACAAUAUAUACAUUUUAUUUUUUUCGUUGAAAAACUAGUCUUAAUUUAAACAAGUUAUUGAUUUAAUGAUUUAUUGAUUCUGAAGUCCAAAAGUAUUUGUGAUAAAAACGGAAUAGUUUUUCCUUUUUUUUGACUUUUUGUUUCCCAAGAUUUAUAUCAUUUUCUUUGAUAAACAUACAAACAAAAUAAAAAUAAAAGGAAGUCUCGCAAAAUGUAUUCGUCGUAGGAGUUGCAUUAUUUUAAAUUAUAUCGAAUUGUACUUAAGUUUGUUUGUUUUUUUUUUUUUAAUUUAAUUUUUGAUUAUACUUUUGAACAAAUUUAGAAUUUAAAUGCUGAAUAAGAACAAACUCGCCAUAAUUAUUUAACUAAUAUUUUAAGUUUCUUUUGUUUUCUUUUUUUACUUUCCUCUCUCACUGAAAAUGAUGCGUUUGAAAUAGAAAAACCAAAGAAUUGUAUAAUUUUUGUUUUGAUUUAGUUGUUAAAUUAUUUUUAGGUUGAACAAAAACAAAAAUAAGGAAGAAAAAAGAAAAACAUGUACCUUAAGAAUUAGUUUCUUAUGCUAUGCUAACAAAACAAAAAAAGAAGAAGAAUUAAAAACCUCGCCUUAGUUCUUAAAAACUUGGGAAAUAUAAUAUUUUAGUUAUGUUUAUUUUUAAUUUGUUUUUUUUUUUUUACUAAAAAAUACACAACAUUUUUGACUAUAUCUUAUUUUUUCUUGUCUUGAUCACGAGCCUAACAGAAGAAGUGUUAUUUUGAAAAAAAGAAGUAUAAUUUAUUUUCUUUGAAUUUGGUUUGUUUUUUUUUUUUUAAAUUUUAAUAUUGCGUUUGAUUUGAUUUUAUUUUUAAUUUUUCUUAAUAAUUCUCUUGUGGAAGCCAUAAUAAUGUUUUGAAGUAAAAAUAAAAGUAAACAAAAAAAGAAAAGAAAUAUAUUAACAAUUAUUAUAUUAUUAAUUCUUUAUAAUUCGUAAUUAUAGUACUUUAUGUAACUUAUUGAAGAAAAUCUUUAAAAAUGAAGCAAAACAAAAUAAAACAAAAUGAAAUGAGCAUUGAAAA